UUAUGCUAAUAAAGCGACAGCCUAGAAGUUUCCAGCACUGCUCCCUCCUGUCUGCCCAAUCUCCAUCAUCCAGGGGAGGCGUGGAUGGCACCCAGCUUUUACCAUUAUCUUCCUGUACCCAUGGCUGACUUCUGGAGGGAGCAGGGGCUGGGGGGCCGCAGGCUGCGGUGCCUGCCGUGCGCCCUGCUGCUCCUGCUGGAUGUGGUCUUCACGGUCCUCCUGAUCUACUUCAUACUCAAGGCCAACAGCGAGGCCUGUGCCAGUGGCCAGUGGGCCGAGCAAGUCUGUCGGAACAGCACCCACCAGCUGCAGCGCCAGCUGACCCGGGCCCAGGAGGCUGUAUGGGCCGCCGAGGCUGGAGCCGCCACCUGCAACCAGACUGCAGUGGGCCUGGAGAACGCCCUGGAGCUGGAGAGGGCUCAGGGCCGGCAGCAGCAGGCGCGACUGGAGGAGCUUCUGGGGGAGGUCGCCGGCUUGAACCAGAAGCUGCAGGAGGCCACGUUGGAGGUGGAGCGACUGAGCAGGGAGCAGCAGGCCCCGAGCGGGGGAAGCGACGCCGCCUCCGCCGGCUCCUCGUGCAGCCCCGGCCUUGGCCCCUGGACGGCCGCGGCGCUCCUGCUCCUGGGGCUCGGGGCUCUGCGAGCCUGAGGUCCCCCCCUUCGCCGGCCGGCCACGGCCGGCCUGGUCUGCUCAGCUCUGUGUCCCCCUUCCACGCCUGCUCGACGGGGCCCCUCCAAGGGGCCAUGGGGGACAGGGGCAGCGGGGGCGGGGGCCCCCGGGGGUCCGCCCUGGAAGUGGCAAAGCUGCUGAGCUGGCCGCAGGCUGCCUCUCCCCGGAGCCGAGCAGGGCAGGGGGCACUUGCUUCUUUGCUGUCCUGGCUCCAGGGGUGGGGGGACAUUUCUGGGCUCUGUGGGCUCCCCAAGUAAUAAAACUCCCUUUCGAGGAAACACUGUACUGGGUGUUCCUGGUGUGUCCCUGGGGCCUCCCUGUGACUGUAUCAGCCUCCCCCUGUUCUAGAAUGUUCCAGGAGCCCCCAGGGUUCAGGCCGGCAUCCCCCAGUGCUUCCCCUGGGGCCGUGGUUGUCCGGCUUGCUCACCCCCACUCACUGCCUGCGGCCUGUUUCACUCUCCUCUCUCUGCGUCCUCUUGUGAUGUCCGAGGUUCGGAUGGAGAUGGGGCUGUGGCAGGGGCCUCCUGUCCUGGUCCCCCCACUACACACACAAAGCGGGGGGCUGGGAUGCAAACCUGGAUGUGCAGACACUCACUGGCCGAGCCUUUGUCAGUGUUUCUCCUCCUUCGUCCCCCGAACUCUUAUGCAUCCUGCAGCGCCCGGCUCUGGGAACCCCUCCUCCAGAGCACCUCUCUCCUUCUCCAAAACUGAGUCUUGAUUUCUGGAGAGACCUUUCACCCGUCCUCCUGGGCGCCCCCAGGGCCUACAGUCCCCCCCUCCCACGCUGUCUCCCUCCGGGCUCUCCUGGAAUCCCAACUACUGCCCGACUUCCCAUCUGUGGCCCAGGGCCGUGUCCUCUGCACAGCUGAGUCUGGGGUCCAGUCACUCGCUGCAUUGGGAGCCGGCCUGGGCGUGGCAGGACGUGGGCAGCCUCCCCCUCCCCAGGAGUGACGACCCCAAAUGCCUCCAGACGUGCCUGGGGCGGGGGCGGCCAGCUCACCCCCAGCUGCGGCUCGCGUCUCUCCCCCUGGCUCCUGGGUCCUAGUCGAGCCCCUUGACGAUGGUUAAGUCAGUUCAGCCACCACCGACUGCCCCGCCCGACAGGUGAGGAAACUGAGGCCCGGGAAGGUGGCCGCACUGGCUCAGGGCCUCACAGCCAGACAGUGCGCAGCUGGCAGUGGAGACCUCCGCUUCCAGAAGGUUCCCAGUCGCCCAGGAAGCAAGACCUUCACACAUGACCCCGGUCCUCCCCUCUGCCCCAUUCACCCUCCUCCACUCCCCACCCCCAGCCUGGGCCACCAAAUCGUCCCAAACACGGGGAUGUCCCCACAGUGCUGCCCUGUCCCCUCUGGCCUGAGCGGGGUUGGCCGUCCAGGGGGCAGGUUUGCCCGAUAGAAAUUCUGCUCGAUUCUCCCCCCCAACACCCUAGCAGCCCCGGUAUAAACUUGUGGGCAGCCAAUUCAGCACCCGGCAGUCGGCUUCGUGGCACGGUCCCUGGGCCUUCAGUGCAUGUCGUGGUGACCGUUCCGCAAGGCGGAGCAUCGAGUGGCGCCUAUGACUCCUGCCUAAAAGGAGUUUGUUUCUUGCUGCUGUUUCUUAUAUUCAUGCUGCUUCUUUUUCUCAUUUGGCAUCUUUUGGGCUCUGUGGUGGUGGAAUGGUCCUACACCUAGCUACAU